AUGGACACCCAGACUCAGAACUCCUAUGUAGGGACAGGACCACUAUACCGGCUGGCGCACAUGAUGCCCUCCGGUCUAAACAGAAGUAGAACUACAGAGCUCAGUGUGAGCUACUGUAGAACAAAGAAUAUUCAUUUUAGGUGGCCUUUGGCUGAACAGAACAUCAACAACUGCAACAACAAUGAUGGCAAAAAAGAUGACAAAAAAGAUGAGAAGAAGGCAGAACCUAAGAAAGAUGACAAGAAAGACGACAAGAAGGAUGAAAAGAAAGAUGACAAGAAAGAUGACAAGAAGGCAGAACCUAAAAAAGACGACAAGAAAGAUGACAAAAAGGAAGAACCAAAGGAAGUCUGGAUCAUGGACCCAGCCACAGAUAUCUACUACUUCUGGUUAUGUGUCAUAUCCAUUCCUGUCUUCUACAAUCUGAUGUUGCUGGUGGCCAGAGCUUGCUUCAAUGAGCUGCAGAAUAACAACACAAUAUUGUGGACUGUGUUGGACUACAGUUCAGACGCGCUCUACCUCUUGGACACAUUUGUAAGAGCUAGAACAGGUUUCUUGGAGCAAGGACUGCUCAUACGAGAGGAGAAGGUUUUAAGGGAAAAGUACAUGAAAACAAGGCAAUUUCAACUAGACAUCAUAUCCAUGAUUCCCACCGAUAUUGUAUUCAUCAAAAUUGGACUGAAUAAUCCCGAGUGGAGGUUCAAUCGUCUCUUCAGGUUGGCUCGACUCUUUGAAUUCUUCGACCGAACCGAGACUCGUACUAAUUUCCCAAACAUUUUUCGGAUUGGUAAUCUUGUACUUUACAUCAUCAUCAUUAUCCAUUGGAAUGCUUGCAUCUAUUUUGCCAUCUCCAAGAUUCUGGGCUUCGGUUCAGACACGUGGGUUUAUCCAGCAACAAGGAAUGCUGAAUUUCAACAGCUUACCCGGCAGUACAUUUACUGCUUCUACUGGUCAACACUGACCUUGACCACUAUUGGCGAGACACCGCCCCCAGUUCGUGAUAUUGAGUAUUUCUUUGUAGUGGCCGACUUUCUCACCGGGGUCUUGAUCUUUGCUACAAUUGUAGGCAAUGUCGGUGCCAUGAUAUCCAACAUGAGUGCUGCUCGAGUAGAGUUCCAAGCCAAAAUUGAUUCAAUUAAGCAGUACAUGCAGUUCCGGAAGGUGACCAAAGAUCUUGAAGCCCGAGUGGUCAAAUGGUUUGAUUACCUGUGGACGGAGGAGAAAACGUGUGAUGAAAAACAGGUGCUCAAGAACCUUCCAGAUAAGCUCAAGGCUGAGAUCGCCAUCAAUGUUCAUCUGGAAACUUUGAGGAAAGUGCGAAUUUUUCAAGACUGUGAAGCGGGUUUGCUUGUGGAGCUGGUCCUCAAACUUCAACCCCAAGUCUUUAGUCCCGGUGACUAUAUCUGCAAGAAGGGCGACAUUGGGAGAGAAAUGUACAUCAUCAAGGAAGGGAAGUUAGCCGUCGUGGCAGAUGACGGGGUCACCCAGUUCGUGGUCCUCAGUGAUGGAGCCUAUUUUGGUGAAAUUAGUAUUUUAGGCAUCAAGGGGAGUAAAGCGGGGAAUCGAAGAACAGCCAACAUCCGAAGCGUGGGGUACUCCGACCUGUUUGCCUUAUCCAAGGAUGACCUAAUGGAGGCGCUCACGGAGUACCCUGAUGCUAAGAAUGCACUGGAAGAGAAGGGCCGCGCAAUCCUGAUGAAGGACAACCUCAUUGAUGAGUCACUUGUCACAGCAACAGACGCCAAAGACUUUGAGGCAAAAGUGAAUGCAGUCGAGGCCAGCCUGGAGGUCAUGACGACCAAACUGAAGAAGUUGACAGAACAUCAUGAAUCAUCCCAGCGCAAGCUCAAACAGAGGCUCACUAAUUUGACAAACCAGGUCCGAACCCUCACAGUAACUGACGAGUAG